AGGCCAGUAGAAGCAAGGAGGAGCCUAGGAUAACCAGCCAACUCUCCAGAGAAGUCUGUGCCAGACUGAGAACACUCCAUUCUGGCCAGAAUCAUGCCAACCCAGGCUCUGUUGCCUAUCCUGCUCCUCUGUUUGCUGCUGCUGCAGGCCCCGGGAGGGUAUCAUAAAUCCAAGAGGAUGCAGGAAAUACAGCUGAUUGAGGAAAUCAAGGUCUGUGAAAAGCACACCACUAUAUACAUGUGCAGACGCCCAUGUGAAUAUCAUCAAGACUGUCAAGCAAAUAAUAUAUGCUGUUCAACCUUCUGUGGGAAUAUUUGCAUGAGCACCCUCCAGUGAGUGGGUGAGGAGUCUGGGCUGCUGUCCCAAACCUCUAUUCACACCAAGGCAUGAAGACUUCAGAUCCCAGGCAAGAGGAUGUCAACAGGAAAGCAGUCUUCCCACUGUCUGAACUGAUUGUUCCUGUCAAAUAAACCAGAACGAACCUCCA